UAUUAGGUCAGUCACACACGGACAACGGUCUUAUAAAAAUGACAACAAUUAGUUAGCCAGUUAGUCAACUUUUCUGUAACUGCAGAGUAUUACGUGGUUGUGGGCCUGCUGACUUGAUGGCUAACUUUUGGAACGAGUUGUCUCCAUCAUGCAAGGAAACAGAUGAGACGGGAGAGAUGACAGGAGAGGUUACACAACCUUUUGAAGCAAAGGACGUUGCAGUGGCGCCCUCUUUUGGUGAUGGUGGAUGUUUAGUUGAAAGCGCAGCGGACGCUUCAUCGUGUCAGGAAAAGGAAAUGAUGGAUGACAAAAUCUCUCCCAUCGAAGGACAACUUCAGUAUCUGUUAAAUAAGGCAGAUGAGAUUCAAUUCGAGCUGGUGUGGAGUUCAGGCUUCCAGAAUGACCGGUUGGCUGGUCUUAUUCCAAUGUUCUUGCAAACUUGUGAGCCGUACUUCACUUACCUGGAGACCACAGCCAGAAACAACCACGCCCUCCACCCGCCCCUCCCCAUUUACAUAUGCACACAGCUUUUGCAGUUCUCGCAGCAGCUGUGCUCUCGUCUGGAGCAGCUGGUGUUGAUGUACGCUUCCUUCAGCAUCAUCUCCAUAGAGGAAAAUGAUCCAGCAAGUAUCUCACACUUUUUUACUGGCCAGUUUAAAAUAGACAACAUGAAGCUGUCCAUCUUCCGGUACUGUUGUCCCACCCCCUUUCUGGCCUCAGCCAAUACUGGGCUAUACAAGCGUAUGCGCUGGAACGUGGAGCGAGAGGAUGAAGGGGAAGUUGAGAGCAAUAUCAAUGCAGAUUUUUAUUAUCUGUGUUGUGAGGAUGUAUUUGAGGAAGCAGAAGCCGACGGAGACGAUACAUCAACAGAGAGCGAAAGCCGAGUGACAAGACUCUGGUCUAUUGGUCAGUGGAACCAGACGUACCCUGACCCAGACACAGAUGACAUCACCGACUGGGUUUUGUGUUCAGUCCCUUGUGCCCAGUACAAGCAGCUGUUGUGUCUGGGAAAUGAAGAGCCGUCAUAUUGCACUGCCACAGACUGGCUGUUGGGGGCGCUGCUGUCCGAGGAAACACAUGGUACACUUGUCUCCGAGACAUGAGG